AUCAGUUCAGCGAUGCGCGUUGGCCUGCAGGCAGAUGGAUCUGCCUCGGGAGGAAAAAGCGGAGAGUUGUGGAGCGAUGCGUGAUGCCUUGGACGCAACACCGAAUCCGGAAGCGCCGGACCCUCGAAAGCCCCUGCCGCCGAUCUCCCCCCAAGACCACGCCACACAAGCCCUCCCGCCAUCGCAACGCCGCCAUCUCCACAGAAAAUCUCUGGCGAGAAAAAAACUUCUGGGCCGGCCGAGGAGAGGCCACCUGAGCAAUGGGGUAUAUAUAAUCCUGGGGUCGGCGAGGGGAAGACGUCUUUCUUCUCCAUCCACACACACACAAGUCCAUCGUUCUCAACUACCUA